AUGACAGCAAAGUUCGAGGGUAUAGUGGUUCUCAUUACUGGCGCCGCCAGUGGCAUCGGUCGUGCAACCGCCAUCAAGCUAGCCGAGCAAGGCGCAUCGCUUUCACUGUGCGACAUCAACGAAGAUGCGCUGUCGCAGGUUGUCAAAGAACUACCCACGGCCAAGAAGCACAUGUAUCUCAAGUGCGACGUCGGGGUCAGCGCUCGCUGCGAGGCCGCCGUGCAGCAUACGCUGGCGUCGCUGGGCAAGAUCGACUUCGUAUUCAACUGCGCCGGCGUCAAUCCGACCGCUCUGGAGAUCACCGAGACUACGGAUGAGUAUUUCGAUAAGCUCGUGAAUACGAAUCUCCGGGGACCGUAUAACAUCACCCGGGCUGUCGUGCCGCAUCUCAAAGAGGGCGGGGCCAUAGUCAAUGUAUCUAGUACAGCAGGCUUAAGGGCGACGAAGGGGUUCUCUAUCUACUGCGCGACCAAGUUCGGCAUCAUCGGCUUUACGAAAGCCAUGGCCCUGGAACUUGGGCCGAAGGGCAUCAGGAUCAAUGCUGUGGCCCCUGGCCCGAUUGACACGCCAACCAUGGCGGGAAACGUCGCAGGUGGCAAUGCCAAUGAUGAGCUGAUAGCUAGUAUUGCACUGGGCCGCCUAGGCCAGCCAGAUGAUGUUGCCGAUGUAGUCGUCUUCCUCUUCAGCGAAGAGAGCAAAUUUAUGAACGGGAGCAUUGUCGAAGUGCAUGGUGGCUCGAGAUGA